AUGAGUAACCAACACAGUGGGAUUGGUCUAGUGGUGCGUAACCAUAGGGGUUGUUCUAUUGCUGGUGCAAGUCUCUUGUGCUCCCAUAAUUCUGUUGUUGAGGCCGAGGCUGACUCGGUGGUUAAAGGUCUUCAAAUUGCAAGGUUUCUGAAUUUGAAAAAUGUUAUCAUUGAGGGUGAUUGCCAGGAGGUCAUUAGGUCUCUCUCUUCCCCAACUUUCACUCCCAAUUGGAAAAUUCUACCUAUUCUCAAUAGAGUGAAGUUUCUGUUGCCUGCCUUUGAUGAGGUGUUAUGGAACUGGGUUCCCUGUGAAGCUAACCGGGUUGCUGACGCAGCGGCGAAGCUUGCCAUGGUGAGGUUGUGCUCUUCGGACUGGGCUAAUACGCCUCCAACCUCCCUCCUUCAUAUUCUUAAGAGCGAUGGCCCCCCUGACUGA